AUGGGUCACCUCGUGCAUGGCAUACUUCAAGCCACCAGUGAGCCUCUCCCGCUGGGGCUUCGCCUCGCUGCCACGCUACUUGGUGCUCAGCCAAACCUGGCCGAGAACCUGAUCCCAUGCAGCUGCGACGCCCUCUGGACUCUUUUAGCUCCGGCCCUGGCCACUCAGGUGACGGGCCGACAGUUUGAGCUCGUAUACGCGUCAUCGACUGCAGCUGCCGACUCAAAGCCACUUGUUCUCGGGCUAGAAGAAGAUGCCAGUUUUGACCCAAAGUCAAUGCGCGACCAGGCAGGCCAGGUGGCAGCUGGUCUUGCCGCGAUUUUACAGUGCCCAUGGCCCGUAGCUCUGGUCCCCAGCCUGGCCUGGUCGCGCGUGCAGGCACAGCCACAAGCUUUUCCCGACCCUCUCCAAGCUCUUCGCUUUAUGCUUGUGCGAGCAGAGCGCCACCCUCAGGCGUUGGAGCCACAGACGGACGAGUUUUUGGAGCCCGUCACCGGCUUGGCAGCUUGGACGGCUCGCCGCGUGGCCCAAGCUGCCUGGCAGAGCCGCCACAUACGCGGGCCAGUCACUGCUGCGGGCUGGCCUUUAGCGACCGUCUCGAACCCUGACUCUCCGCUGCUUUCAGAUCUGCUGGCCGAGCUGAUGCGCUUUACACAUGGGGCACGUCUGAAUCCCGAUACCCCUCUUGCAGAGCUUGGCCUCUCGAGUCGGGAGGCUGUCGAACUGCAUGCCCGUCUGCAGACACGCUUUGCUGUAACGCUCCCCAUCUCCGUGGCCUACGACCAUCCCACGGCUCAAAGUCUAGCCUUGGCCAUCAACCGUCGGCUCUCUUCCCAGCCCACCACGAUGCCCACUAAUCCAGGCCCUUCCGUGCCCAGACAGCCGCAGUGUGAGGCUCUCGUCAUCUCGGGCAUGGCGUGUCACUUCCCAGCCGGUUGCGAUAACCUUGUCGCUUUCUGGGAGCACCUGGCCCGUGGACAGGAUGGCGUUACACCCAUUCCAGAGGAGCGCUUUGCGGCCCAGGAGCUGCGUCAACUUCCAGCCCACGAUCCCCGGCACAUGCCCGUGCAAGCCGCAGGAUUGCUUGAAGGCGCUAAUCUCUUUGAUGCGGCUUUUUUCAACGUGUCCCCGCGCGAGGCAGAGGAUAUGGACCCUCAGCAGCGCUUAUUGCUACACCAGUGCUACUCGGCCCUCGUUGAUGCCGGGUACGACCGCACCCAGCUCGCUGGGCGCCGAGUGGGUGUGUACGUGGGGGUUACCCACAGCGAUUGGACCGCACAGCCCUCUGACGGUCAGACUUCGGCAUUUCGCGCCACAGGGGCGGGCCGUGCCAUUCAUGCCAAUCGCCUCUCCUUCUGGCUGGGUCUCAGUGGUCCGAGCCUGAGCGUGGAUACGGCUUGCUCGAGCUCGCUGGUGGCCUUGCAUUUGGCCCGCCGCGCCUUGGAUUGCCAUGAGAUUGACCUGGCCAUUGUGGCUGCUAGCAACCUCUUGCUGGGCCCCGACUUUUUUAUUGCCGCCUGCCGUGCUGGCAUGCUGGCGACUGACGGGCGGUGCAAGACCUUUGCCGCGACAGCUGAUGGCUAUGGUCGAGGCGAGGGCGUGGCAGCAUUGAUUUUGGAGCCCGCUGACCGUGCCAGCUCUGAUGCGGUCUACGCUCAACUUGAUGCCACGGCUAUCAACCAGGAUGGUCGCACGCAAUCGCUGACUGCUCCCAGUGGGGCCGCUCAAGAAGCCCUCAUCACCGAGGCCAUGGCAACCGCGGCCCUGCGCCCUGAGGAGCUGAAUUAUAUCGAAGCCCAUGGUACUGGCACUGCUCUUGGUGAUCCCGUCGAGGUGCAGGCCAUUCAGAGAGCACUUUGCUUGAGUGAACCGAGCAACAACGCCGCUGACGCAGCUACAGGGCCUCGUCACCUCGUGCUGGGCGCCGUCAAGUCGAACAUUGGGCAUCUGGAGGGAGCUGCCGGCCUGGCGGGUGUCAUCAAGGCCGUGCUCAGCCUCAAUCAUGGCCGCGUGCCUGGCAACCUGCACAUGGACCCUAGCCAUGCCACGAGCUUGAACCCCCACCUUGGUCUGGCCUCAGCCAUCACUCUCUCAGGCCCCGGCGUGUUUGCACCGCUGCCCAGCAAGCCCGUUCGCUGGCACGCCGGAAUUAGUUCCUUUGGCUUUGGUGGAACCAAUGCCCAUGCUAUUGUAAGCACGCCCUCCCACGGACCCCACCGAACACAGCAUCGGGCGCAGACGUACCACCCAGUACCGGUGCGCACCUUUGAAGGAUCUGGACUGCUCACAACCAACCAGGCCUUGCGGACGCAGGCCUCGACGUGGUCGGUUCGCGUGGUGUGGAACAGAUCUGAGUGUCAAUUUCUUGCCUCGCAUGUCCUCGGGUCUCAACUGGCUUGCGUACCAGCCACUGCCAUGGCUGGUCUAGUCGAUCACCUGGUGCGCGAAGCCUGGCACUGCCCCACCGUCGAGCUCACGGAGGCCCAGCUUCUCAACGUGAUGCUCGUGCCUUCGGGCCCAGCAGCCCGGCUGUGGCUGCAACUAACCGUGCACGACAACACGCGCGCAACCCUUGAUGCAGUGGACGCUAACGGCGCCGUCUUGGCGCAUCACUUUGCGUGCCGUCUGACCAAGCCAUCCCGUGAUGCAUCGACUACCGUACACGAAGGUCCGCGCGUCCUGACCUCCGCGCAGUCUUUCGAUGCGUGGGCUGCAAUGCACACCGUAGGGCAUGGAAUACGCUUCAAAGGGCCCGAGCUUUAUACAACGCUGGGCAACGCAUACAAGGGCGCCUUUGUCGCGGUGCACGCCGGUGUCAUGAUGAUGAGCCGUGCGGAGUCUGACAGCGUGCUUACGCAUAUUCAACCUUCCUCCGCGGUCGGGGAGCAGCACGCCAUCGUCGCUACUCUGGACGCCCUGCUACAUGGCCCCCUUCACAUGCUUGCCAAAAGCAAAGCCGGUGUUCGUGCAGCGCCACGCUACGUGCAAGGCUGGCAAAGCCUCCAGUUGCACAGCUGGGCAAGCCUUCGACACGGCGUUUUCUGCCGGGCUGUGCGUGCCAGCUCCAGUCAGCCGGUGUUUGAUAUUACCGCUUGGAACGUGUAUGGUGAUCUCCUGGUCAGCUGGCGCGGUGUGAAGCUACCGGCUGGUAGUGCUCAGACGGCAUCUUUGGCCCACCCUGUCCUUGACGGUUUGUUGACUCAAACCCAGCUCAAGCCUUGGACAAUGUCCACCAGCUCUUCUGCAGCCAACCUCGCUUGCGUGUGUCAAGGCACGAUCCUGAUGCCGGAGCGAAUUGCGACGGAUCACGCCGCCUCUGUGCAUGCAACAAGCAAGGAUGAUGUAGCCAGUUGGUGUGGCGCUGUAUGUCAGGCAGCCACCGGUUCAGGGCGCGGUCGUCAACUGCAUGUGUUUGCGUCGAGGGCCGGGAAUCAGGCAGCUGUGGCGCAAUUUGUGGAGCGCUUGCAAGGUCUUCAGCGCCGUGGUGAUCAAGCGCGCGUUCUCUGGCUCACAGUGUCUGAGUCAAACAACACCACAGCGAUCCCUGCAUGGUCUGAUGGCCACGCAGAAGCGGCCUUGGUGCAAACCCUUGCUCUCGAGACGUCAACACUGGCUCCAGUAAUCCACGUGCAUAUUGCUGAUGCUGAAAGUGGCAGCGACCGUGCCGCUGCGUGUCGAUCUAUCCUCCAACUUGCGCUGAGUCAGCCAGGCACGAAUUCCUGUGUCCUCAGCAACGGAAGUUUCUGGCGUCGGAUGCAGCAGCGCAUCUCGCCAUCAACUCAGCGACUCUGGGCCAUCAUGCCCGUGAGCGAUACCCCCGCCGUGACUCGGACCGCCUUUGUUGUGACGGGCGGAUUGGGUGGUCUUGGCCUGCGCGCAGUGCUGCAGCUGCUGACCACGCAAGACCCUGCGCUUAUUGUCCUUGUGGGGCGUCAGGCACGGAUACGGCAGGCUGAUGCCGCCACGUGGACCGCCAUCCAGCGCCACGCAGGCCAGCGGACCCGCUUGCGCAUUGCUUGCGCAGAUGUGAGCAAUGCUGCUCACGUGUUGGCUUUGGGCCGCGUCGUUCGUGCCGAGCUUCAAACUCUGCCCCACAGCCGUCUGACAGCCAUCCUCCACACUGCUGGGGUCCUGCAAGAUGGAACCUUCAUGUCUUUGCAACCACGCGACUGGCGAGCCACAGCUGCGCCCAAGCAGCAGGGUCUGGCCCAUCUUCAUGGCUUGGCGCUGUACUUGGGAGUUCGAGUACCUAUCGUGGCGUAUUCGUCAGUCACGGCUUGCUUUGGCGCGGCUGGCCAAGCCAACUAUGCCUACGCCAACGCCUACAUGGACGAGAUGAUGGAAGCGCGCUGCAACGUGGGCCUGUUUGGCCUUGCGCUGCAGUGGGGUCCCUGGGCUGAGGGCGGUAUGGCCUCGCGCGAGGCGCGUGCACUCGCCCGCUUUGCACAGCAAGGCAUUGGUGCUGUAUCCGAUGAACAGGGGCAAGCUGCUCUAGCCCUAGCGCUACAUCUCAUGGCGCGCGCGUGUCAGGCAGAGACGGCGAAUCGACCUGCCAUUCCUAGCACGCUCUGCAUCUCGCUUCUAGCAUCACAAACUAGCCCCUCAACGACUGAGAGUGUAGGGACGAGUCCAUUAGAGUCGGCACCCCAAGCCCAGGCUCGCGCUUGGAGUGAAGAGGAUGUGAGCUCGCAGGUGGUGCAGGUGGUCUCCAACGUCGCUGCCCUCGACUUGGCCUUGGACGAUCCUUUUAUGGAAAGCGGCUUGGAUAGCUUGGUAUUGAUCGAAGUACGCCAGGCACUCAACCAAACUUUGGGCCUCUCCUUGGCCAGCCACGUUCUGUUUGAUUAUCCGUCACCUCGCGCUCUGGCUCAGCACAUCGUGGCUUGCCAUAGCUUGACGUCCGAGGGCGCCGAAGUGUCGAGUCUGACCACCCCUCGGCCCAUACAGCCGUCGGCCGGUCUAAGCGUGUCUUUUCAUCGACCAGGGCGCGACUACGCCAUUGCAAUCACCGGUCUUGGAUGCCGUUUCCCUGGCGGAGCCACGGGCUUGGACCGGUUUUGGAAGGUGCUGGAGUCUGGUCGCGAUUGCAUUAGUCCUAUUCCCUUGGAGCGGUUUGACGUGGAGGGCAAGUUCAACCCAAACCCAGAAGUUCCCAAUAGUGUGUACGUCAAGUCGGCUUCCGUGUUGGAGAACAUUGACACCUUUGAUGCACGAGCCUUUGGCCUGUCCAAUGCCGAGGCCGCCGUCAUGGACCCCCAGCAGCGUUUACUGCUCGAGGUGUGCAAUGAUGCUCUGAUUGAUGCUGGCUACACGCGUGAGCAGCUUCGCGGACGGCGAGUGGGCGUCUAUGUUGGUUGCAUGACACUCGACUACGUCUGGGCGUUGAAGCGAGUCGCCAGCGCCCUGCUGGCCACGGGAGGCUCGCGCGCCAUCCUGUCCAAUCGUCUUUCCUACGUCUUUGAUUUUCGGGGUCCGAGCAUGACUAUCGAUACAGCCUGCUCGAGCGCGCUGGUUGGCCUGCACGGGGCCGCACAGUGCUUGCAAGACUGUGACGUGGCCGUCGUGGCUGGUAUUAACAUGUUUCUUUCCUCGACCAUGUUUGAGCUCACGUGCAAGGCACGCAUGCUUUCUCCCGAUGCGCGCUGUCGAUCCUUUGAUGCCAGCGCCAACGGCUACGUGCGGGGUGAGGGCGUUGGGGCCCUGGUGCUGGAGCGCAUGGCCCCUGCACUGCUCUCUCAGGAUGACCGCGUCUACGCCGAGUUGGCCAGCACGGCGCUUAACCAGGAUGGGCGAAGUGCGGGCCUGACCGCACCGCGAGGACCAGCACAGCAGGAAGUGAUCCGAGAUGCUCUCGAAAAAGCUGGUUUGGAGCCCACUGACGUGGCCUAUGUCGAGACGCACGGCACAGGUACGGCGUUGGGAGAUCCCAUCGAGACAGGGGCUCUGCGUGCUGUCUUUGGUGAUGACGCAGAUCGCACCCAGCCUCUUGUGCUGGGCGCGCUAAAGAGCAACAUGGGCCAUACCGAAGGAGCUGCGGGCAUCGCUGGUUUGAUCAAGGCCGUGCUCUGCCUCAAUCAAGGGCGCGUGCCAGGCAAUCUGCACCUCCAGCAGCUCAACCCGUCCAUUGCCAUGGACAAUUUUGAUGUUGCUUUUCCCGGCCCCGGAGUUGGCCUUGCUCUCCCCGACGCCAGCAAGGACGGUCAAGUUUACGCCUGUGUAAACUCGUUUGGGUUUGGUGGUGCCAACGCGCACUGCAUCGUGGGUCGAGGAGCAGACUGGGUGCCGCGGCGACCCAGUGCUGCAGCCGUGUACAAGCGCCGAUGGUUCCCCACUUUCUACGAGCAUUACGAGUUUGCUGGAGACCGCUCCAUGGACGGCCCGACUCGUGCCAAGAACGUUUCAUCCAGUCCGGUGGUCUAUGAAGGGCGUUGGGGCCCGCGCCUGCUGCACUUCUUCGCGCAGCAUGUGGUGGGCCAUACCACAGUGUGCGUGCCUGGGACGGCUUUGCUCCUCUUUGCUCAGCGAUGUGCAGUGCGUGAGCUAGGCGAGGCCAGCUUCAGCUUUGACGACGUCCAGCUUGAACAUAUGAUUCGUUUUGACGCGCAGACGUCGGCCAUCUUCGUGCGCUGCGAGCUCAACUUGUCCACGGGGGCUGUCCUCGUGGCAACUCGCAUGGACGAGCAUGCAACUUGGACCUCAAACCUGCAAGGCCGUGUUGUCAGCUCACCGCAGCCUAAACUCCAGCCGCACGCUGCAGCAUUUGAUUGGGAAGCCUGCACAAGCGCAUCGGUUGUUGUGGACCCCCACCUGGUGCUUCCUACUCCCGAAGCCGUGUACGCUUACAUGGACAAUCGCUAUCAGGGCGCCUUCAAAGGCAUUUUGAGGGCCGUCGUUUGCGGAGAACGGCUCCUUGCAGUUGUUCGAGGUGGUUGUGGGGAUGCGCACGGUGAUGCGCACGCCGUGGCCUGGCUUGAUGCAACCGUUCAUGCCAUUGCUAUUCUCGACGCUCAAGUAUUGGGCCUGGACAUGACCAACCGCGCCCAUUAUGUGCAAGGGUGGGAGCAAUGGUGGCUGGCUCCCGUUGUUCGUGGUGCAGAGCUGGACCUGAAUGUAUCGAUUCAGUAUCGACAGGACGGAAAAUACGACGUGGACGUGCACGACUGCGAGCAGCAAAGGCUGUGCAGUCUACGCGGCGUCCUGGUUGGAAGCUACGAUGUCACCAACAGCAAGCGGGUCGCCCUAGCACCCGUGACUUUGCAACAAGUGUGGCAGCCACUGCAUCUCACCGACAGCCCCAGCAUUGCAGGCAUGGCACCACCACAAGACGCCCUGCUUUUGGUGGAACCCGAGUUAGCGGCGUCUGUACCGGUGGCUUGGCACGGCAACAUGCAGCUGCUCGAGUCGCUCAUCGCCCAUGAUUUACAACCCAAGUCGGUAAAGCAAAUAGUACUUCUGACAUGGGGGCGACAUGGUACCUCGCUGCAUCGCGUGUUGGCUGCGAUCACCGCGUACUGCCACGUGGGAGGUGUUUCACAACUGCUGUGGGUAACUGUCGGACCUGCACAAGCCCAGUGGGCUGCCGCUGGUUUACGCAGUGCAGCCAUUCACGAGCCGCAGCUUGAGUGGCAGCACGUCCACAUUGUGGCCAAAUCUCCUGAGGAAAGCUGUUUAUCGGCGGUGAGCUUUGCUCUCGCUUUGGGACCCCAUGCACUCUCUGAGCGCAGCGUAUCGCUCACAGUGCUGGACGAUGGAAAGGUCCGGGCAGAUGCGCUGCGCUUGGACCACUGUCCUGGCACGCUCAACAUCUGCGUCGCGCGUCGCGUGCACAAUGCUGUGAGUGGCCGAGUUUUUGUGAUUACGGGUGGACUCGGUGCGCUGGGUCUGUUGACAGCUGAAUGGUUACUGGAGUACGGUGCCGCACAUGUGUGCUUGCUGACAAGAUCAGGAUCUGUAGAAAAGCGCAGUGCGGCGCGCUGGACAGAGCUGAGGAAAGCAUAUACUGACAGUAAGCGCUUGACAGUGGCUCGUUGUGACACGUCCAGUUUGCCGCAAGUACUGGCGCUAGUGCGUGCCCUGGAACACACGAUUGGGCCUGUACAGGGCCUGAUUCAUAGCGCUGGCGUACUGGCUGAUGCGUUACUACCAGACCUUACCAUGGACCAUAUCGAGCGUGUGAUGCGCCCCAAGGUCUGUGGUCUGUGGCAUUGGCAUUGGACCCUUCUCGCCGCUCGACGCUCAACUCUCGCAGUCAAGAGCGCACAACCCACCAUCAUGACCUACUCGUCUUUAGCAGCCAUCGUGGCGUCACCAGGGCAAAUCAACUACAGUCUGGCCAAUGCACUGCUGGACAACCUAGUUCAGGAGCGGGCUAGUGUGGGACUAGUGGGCGCGAGCGUGCAGUGGGGUGCGUGGGCUGAGGUUGGGAUGGCCGCACGCAAAAACAGCGCGGUGCACUUGAAAAGAUUGGGCUUGGGCGAAGUGACAUCUACCAUCGGUCGCGCUGGCUUUGACGCCGCCAUGACGGCAAGGCCAGGCACGACCAUAGCGGUUUCUCCGCUUGACUGGAACGUCGUGAGUGGACGGGUGCGAGCCACAGCCGACAAACAGUACUUGGAGCGCCUAUUGCGCAGCACGCCAGCGCCGCAGCGCCCACCUCAGGCAGCAUCGCCCUCAGCAACCGCUCCACAACAGGUGGUACCGACACAACACUCAAAAGCAGAGAAAAAGCCUAGCAUCGUAUGGGACAAGCGUGAGCUUGAGGGUGUGGUGUUUGAUGCUCUGCAAGACGUGGCAGGGGAGCUUCCCGCGCUGGAUGAUACCCUCGAAAGUGUCGGGCUGGACAGCUUGGCUCUUAUGGAGCUGCGCCAAACCUUGACGGAAGCGCUUGGCUUCACCUUGUCAGCAGCUGUCAUCACGGGAGGCAUCACCCCACGUUUGCUGCUGGCCACCGCAGAAAAGCUGCUGAAUGAGCAGCCCGGCUCGAAUGACCGCAGUCCAUCCGCAAUUUCGCAGUCUUUGUCUGUUUCAUCAGGCUCGGACAGCCUUCAGAGUGCCAGCGAGGCCGCGAGCAGUGCGAGCAGCUUGAUUGGCGAGGCUCAAAACCAGAUCCAUCAGCUCUCGCACGCAGAUGUUUGCAUGCAAGUCGUGGCGUUGGUGGCCGACCUCGUUGGAGAUGAUAUUGAGUCAGACAUGUCCUUUGCCGAAGCUGGAAUGGACUCUUUGACCUUGUUGGAACUACGCCAGGCUGUGCGGGAAACGUUUGACCUUUCCCUGGCUGCUACGGACUUGAAUGAAACUUCAACGACCAACACCCUAGUUGAGCAUAUCUGGGCUGCGCAGCCCGCGCUGCACCCUUCUGAACCAAAAGAGCCAUCUCCUGAGCCAAUCUUCCUCGCAUCCAGGCGGGCCUCUCUGACAGGUGAGGAAAUGGAGUCAACUACGUCACAGUCGCACUUCUGCUCAGCACCAAAGGUGACAGAGUCGGCUGUCGGGUUUGUGCGUUCGGAGUUUGGCAGCGUGCAAUUUCUGGGCCCCGUUCCUGCCAACAUCAGCCUUCGGACAGCAGUGCAUUUUGGCCCCGGCCAGAUCGAGCUGGACUCAAUACUGGAGGACUUGCCAGCCAUUGUACAGCUUCUAAAUAUUGCCCAGCCGCCCACCUUGAGCAGCAAGGAGUUUCAGCAGGCGUUGCUGGCUAGCCCUGGCUUGACAUCGUUGGCAUACGAGCCCACUGCACAGACGUGGACGUUUGCGAUUAACACGCUGGAACAUGGAGCUGUUCAAGCAUGA